UUAGUGACCAUGACUGCUUGAGCCCAAAGUAAGAUGGCUGAUGGCUGGUGGCUGUGUUUCUGGACGGGGAUAUAAAAUGCAUAGGUUAAUGAAAGUUGUUCACAAUUCAGAAGCUAAAACGAGAAACUAAGAAUAACAAAAGGCAACCUUGCAUCCGGCGGAACCUGCAGGCACGGGCCAUUCUUCCCGCGACCCAGGGCUCUGCCGGACCGCUUCCCCCGUCGCUCCAGUCAGACGCCAAAGCUGGGGAACUUCCGGUGCUUUUCCGCUGUGCCGGAACGUCGGGCGAGGAGCUGUUCAUCAAAGAAAAAGGGUUCUUUUGGUCACCCACCACUGGCCCCAUGGCUGCCAUGCAGAUGGAUCCUGAGCUAGCCAAGCGCCUCUUCUUUGAAGGGGCCACUGUGGUCAUCCUGAACAUGCCCAGGGGAACAGAGUUUGGGAUUGACUAUAACUCCUGGGAGGUGGGGCCCAAGUUCCGGGGCGUGAAGAUGAUCCCUCCAGGCAUCCACUUCCUCCACUACAGCUCUGUGGACAAGGCUAAUCCGAAGGAAGUAGGCCCUCGUAUGGGUUUCUUCCUUAGCCUGCACCAGCGGGGGCUGACAGUGCUGCGCUGGAGCACACUCAGGGAAGAGGUAGACCUGUCCCCAGCCCCAGAGUCUGAGGUGGAAGCCAUGAGGGCCAACCUCCAGGAGCUGGACCAGUUCCUGGGGCCUUACCCCUAUGCCACCCUGAAGAAGUGGAUCUCACUCACCAACUUCAUCAGCGAAGCCACAGUGGAGAAACUGCAGCCCGAGAACCGACAGAUCUGUGCCUUCUCUGAUGUGCUACCUGUGCUCUCCAUGAAGCACACCAAGGACCGCGUGGGGCAGAAUCUACCCCGCUGUGGCACUGAGUGCAAAAGCUACCAAGAGGGCCUGGCCCGGCUACCAGAGAUGAAGCCCAGAGCCGGGACAGAGAUCCGCUUCUCAGAGCUGCCCACGCAGAUGUUCCCAGAGGGUGCCACGCCAGCCGAGAUAACCAAGCACAGCAUGGACCUGAGCUAUGCCCUGGAGACUGUGCUCAACAAGCAGUUCCCCAGCAGCCCCCAGGAUGUGCUUGGUGAACUCCAGUUUGCUUUUGUGUGCUUCCUGCUGGGGAAUGUGUACGAGGCAUUUGAGCAUUGGAAGCGGCUCCUGAACCUCCUGUGCCGGUCAGAAGCAGCCAUGAUGAAGCACCACACCCUCUACAUCAACCUCAUCUCCAUCCUAUACCACCAGCUUGGUGAGAUCCCCGCUGACUUCUUCGUAGACAUUGUCUCCCAAGAUAACUUCCUCACCAGCACCUUACAGUGAACACAGUGUGAAUCCCCCAGAAAGGAUUCUUGAUUGACAUCAGUGAAGACUUCAUCGAGUUCCUGUUUCUCAGAGGUACAGAAUGCUUUUCUAAAGCCAACCUACUGUUGGACGAGUCCCUGUGAGCAGGCAUCUGACUUAAAGCUGGCAGUUGAAGGACCUGUGUAAACCACGGCAAUGAGUCACUCAAACGCAUGGUUUGAGCCUGGUCUGUUCCACUCAGAAGAGCUAUAAAACUGUCCUUUUACUGGUUCUUCAUAUAACAGAGAAAUUGAACCCCUUUGUCCUUCCUCUGUGGGGAAAAUUUUCCCCAAAGGUACUGGUUAUGGGUUGUGAGGCAGUGUGAGGAGGCAUUAGCCUGCUAACUUGCCUCUGGCAGUGGCUGCUUCCCUCCUGAUGCACGUUGAUGCGUCACACAGACACAGGAGGGCCACGGUGUCGCUGGCUGUCUAGACCAUUGUUAGCACAACCAGCAGCUGAGCUCUAUAAUUGCCAGGCUUUGUUGCCAGCAAUGAUUUACAAAGCAGAAAGUGCCCAGCUGGAUUGCUAGAUGCCCAGGUGGGUUGUGCAAAGCUGAUGGUUGGACUUUUCCAAGUCUUUGGACUUUUCACCAAGAAAAUUCGAUGUCAUUAUUUGGAAAAAUCCAGGGCAUGUGCCAAAACAAAACAAAACACAUGUCUUUGAGCAUUCUUCAUAUAUAAUAUUCUACUGAAAGUGUUGAGGAAUAUAUAUAUAUAUGUGAGUUAGCCAGAGUUCCUGCCCUCAAGGGAUUUGUUCAUUGAUUUAGCAGGUAAUUGCUGAGUAUCUGCUGUAUAGAAGACUCUGUUCUAGAACUGGGAAUAUAGCUGUGAGCAAGACAGAGUCACUGUCUUGACUCUUGUAUUUUGAGAAAGUUAACAGAAAGUUAACUAGCCAAGUAACUCCAGAUAGCAGACUCUUGUGUUUUGAGAAAGUUAACAGAAAGUUAACUAACCAAAUAGCAGUAAGCAGAUAGCAGUAAGUGUUUUAGAAGGCAGUCCUGCCCUAGUACCAUUUCCCUAGCCCCAGCCUUUUGGUCUCACCUAGACUGCAUCGGAGUUUACCAGCCUCCGUGCUUACCAGUUACCCCAUGUCUCUCCCACGCUGCCACCCGAGGUGCUGCUCCAUAAUGCAGCUGUGAUCCUGCUUCUCUGUGGCUCCUCAUUGCGUAGAAAAUUAAAAGCCUAAACAUUGGUCGCAAAGGCCAUUCCGAUCUGGCUUCUUAUCCUGUUCUCCAGCUUCUCCUUCCUCUCCGUUUUCCCCCAUCACCUCCAGCAACAGUGGUCUCUUUGCAGGUUCCCAGACAGGUUAUGCUGUUUCAUGCUUUUUAAAAAAAAAAUUGUAAAAAACGGCUGGUCCGUGGUGGCUCACGCCUGUAAUCUCAGCACUUUGGGAGGCCAAGGCUGGAGGAUCACUUGAGGUCAGGAGUUCGAGACCAGCCUGGCCAACAUGGUGAAACCCCCAUCUCUACUAAAAAUACAAAAAUUAGCUGGGCAUGGUGGUGGGCGCCUCUAGUCCCAGCUACUCAGUAGGAGGCUGAGGCAGGAGAAUCUCUUAAACCGGGGAAGCAGAAGUUGCAGUGAUUCGAGAUUGCACCACUACACUCCAGCCUGGGCAAAAAGAGUGAGACUUUGUCUCAAAAAAUAAAUAAAUAAAUAAAAUUGUGGUAAAAAACACAAUUUAACAUGAGAUAUGCCGUCUUAACAGAUUUUCAGUGUUCAGUACAGUAUUAACCAUAAGCAUCAUGCCAUCCAGCAGAUCUCUAGAACUUCUUCAUCCUGCAUAAUUGAAACUUUAUACCCAUGUUUCAUACCUUCUUGCCUGAACCUGAUUUUCCCUCUCCCUGGUACAUAUUUGCUCAUUCUACAACAUGCCCUCAAGGCAUCCCUCUCUGUCAAGCCAUCCCUCCUCUCUGUCUCACUCUGUCUCUCUUUCACUCUCCCCUUUCCCUACUCUUAGCUUACUUUGUACUUGUCACUAUUAUAUUGCAUGAGAUGUGCUUGCUGAAACUAAUAUAUUGUCUGCCUGACUCCCGCACUGAGUCAUGGGCUCCUUUUACACGAGGCCUAUUUUUUGUUCAUCUGGUUAUCUUCUUCUUUUUUUUUUUUUUUUUUGAGACAUAGUCUUGGUCUGUCACCCAGGCUGGAGUACAAUGGCGUGAUCUCGGCUCACUGCAACCUCUGCCUCCCAGGUUCAAGUGAUUCUCUGGCCUCAGCCUCCCAAGUAGCUGGGAUUACAGGUGUGCACCACCACACCCACCUAAUUUUUUAAUAUUUUUAGUAGAGAUGAGGUUUCGCCAUGUUGGCCAGGCUGGUCUCAAACUCCUGACCUCACAUCUGGUUAUCAUCAAUAUGUUGUCAAGGCCUAACAUUUAUUUCAUUGGGUGUUUUUAGAUGGAUAGAGUUCAUAAUUCUUGUGACAAUGUAAAUAUCAUAGGUAUAAACAGUGGAGUCUGAUCAAAGGGCAUUAGGAGCACCAAAAAGGGAGUGGUUAAUUCUGACUGGGGUUGGGAUUUGAGGCUUUAUGCAAGGGUGGAAGGUGGGGGCAUUUGACCAUGCACUUGAGGGAUGACUGAGAUUUCAAAAGGCACAAUGUGGAGAAGAAUAUUGUAAAACUUUUUUUUUUUUUUAAUGGAGAGUCACGUUGAUGCCAUGUUGGCAGUGAGAGUCCAGUUCUCCACACAGAGGCAUUCACUCAGGGCAUUUGUGACUGAAUGAAUCAGCCCAUAAAAGCCUUCCUCAGCCAGCUGCCUGCCCUCCCAGGUAGUCAAGUAAGUGGAACUGGCUUUCUUACUUAGGAGCUUAAAUGGCUGCUACCCAUGGAGAGGGACUGGUGUUUGUGUGUGUGAGCACUUAAAGACAGCCACAUUAGCAUGGAUAAAAUCAGCCACGUAAUGGAAUUCUCUUAGCCAUUAAUUUUUUUUCAACUUUCCCACGUGAGGCCCUUUUGAAUAGAAGCCACUGGUUUUUACAAAUCCCUUGGAUUUCACUUGAAUAAAAGGGAUUUGUUUUACAAAAAUAGAUACAGUUUUUUCUUUUAUUUAAAGCAACUUAAGUCACCAUAAUUCAUUUAAAACCAAUGAAAGGAUAAUCUGAAUUUAAUGAUAUGUUACAAAGUGAGUUAUGUACGAAAUAAGGAUUUUUAUUGUUGAUUACGUAGUACUUAGGCAUAUAGUCAUCUAACCUGUUUUUAAAAAUACUUCUAGUUACAAUAGGCCGUAUAUGCUUUCCAACUUCCUUUCUUGCUAGUAUUCUAAAUGUGUGUUCAUCUUUAACUCUUGAGGGAAAACACCAACUCUGACAAUGAGGUCUAUGGUAUUUUUAUCACGAUGCCCACUAUGAUAAAUUUGCCUGCCUAAUCCUACACCUCUUGCCGUUAGCUAUCUCUUUUGCAUGCUUAGUCUCAUUGAGCCCUCACAACAGUGCUAGAAGCUAGGUCUCUAAUCCCAUUAUAUAGAUGAGGAAGCAGACUCAGGGAGGUCACAUAAUUUGCUCAAAAUCAACAGAGCUAGUGGAAGGCAAGGCUGAGCUUUACAUUCUAAAGCCCAUGGUGGGCUCCUGUAUAUGAUUAGAGCCCCAGAUGAAACAUCCCAGAUUUUUCAAACUGACUUCAGGUGAUCUCAUUUAUGCUGCUUUUCACCUUCCCGGUCAUCAUUGUGAAACAAUAGUCUUGCUUUUAACACCACUUUCUUCUGCUGCAAGUGGAAACAAAAUCUUCUACCUAUUGCUAGUUUCAUUCUAAGUUGAAUAAUUAUUUGGGAAUUGAAAAAAUUAGGAAAUGUCAUCUUUUUGGUCUAGCUAAAAAAAUAGGAUAAGAUAGUGACAUAGCUACCUACCUUGAUAUUUUGAAUUUCUCGAGGUGACCUAACUGAACUCAAUUUAUUUAACUUAGGUUUAAGAAAAGCUUUCACAUGUGUGACUAAAGUAAUUUAGAAUUUCAUAAUACACAGAUUAAAUGAUUAAAGUGUUCAUGCUUUAUUUUGUGUUUGAAGAAAAACACCCAGUAGAUGUGCUUUUUGUUUUAGAUAAAUGCAUUUGUUUGCAAAAUAUUAUCCUAUUUCAAAAGUAUUUUUUAAAUAUUCAGUAUUGAUCUGCUGAGAUUAAGGUGAUUUAUGUCCCAGUGAUGUUAAAAAGUGUUGACUUGAUUUUGUUUUAGUGAAUAAAAUAACUAGAUCACUGUUAAGUUUCCUGAAGAAGGCAUAAAAUUAAUCUAAAAAUAAAAGAAUCAGAAUAAGUUAUUGCUUGGAAACUAAGUACUAUUUAGACAUCUUCAUUUCUGAAUUGUGAGGAGUUUUUACAAAUACCAAGUUUGUGAAACUGUGGUCAAAAAUAGACCAGGGGAUGCCAAGGGGUAGGGGUGAGGGAAGGGUUUGACUGCUAAGGGGCAGCACAAGGGAGCUGUUUGGAGUGAUGGGAUGGUUCCAUGUCCUGAUUGGGGUGAUGGUUACACAAAUUUAUAUGCACCUUCAAACUCAGAACUGGAUACCAAAAGCAAAGCAAACACUGUGAACAUAUAUCAUAUGGUUGCAUAGGGGUAUAUAUAUAUAUUUGUCCAGAUUAACUAAGCAUUUAAAAUUGAUGAAUUCACUAACCUGGGCAACAUAGUGAGAACCUGUCUCUACAAAAAAUUAAGAAAAAAAAAAAUACCAGGCGUGGUGGCUCAUGCCUCUAAUCCCAGCACUUUGGGAAGACAAGGUGCGUGGAUCACUUGAGCCUAGGUGUUCCAGACCAGCCUGGGCAACAUGGCGAAACCCUGUCUCUACAAAAAAUACAAAAUUUAGCUAGGCAUGGUGGCAUGUACCUAUAGUCUCAACUACUGAGGAGGCCGAGGUGUGUGGAUCACUUGAGCACAGAGGUCAAGGCUGCAGUAAGCUGUGAUUACAUCACUGUGCUCCAGCCUAGGUGACAGAGUGAGACCCUAUCUCAAAAAAAAAAAAAAAAAAAUUAUCUAGGUGUUCGUGGCAUGUACCUGUAGUCCUAGCUACUUGGGAUGCUGAGGCAAGAGAAUCCCUUGAGCCCAGGAGUUCAAGGCUGCAGUGAGAUAUGAUCAUGCCACUGCACUUCAGCAUGGGCAACAGUGAGAUCCCGUCUCUAAAAAAUAAAUAAAAUAAAAUGAAUAAAAUUAAUUGUGUGUAAGUUAUACCACAAUAAGGUUGAUUUUUUUUUUUUUCUUAAGUCAACCCAGACUAUGCCCUGUGUCCUGGAGGCUGCAGAAGGGACAGUUUCAGAAGCACCUUGGUUCCCUACAAGGCAGUGCUAAAAAUAAAUAUCAGGGAUGGAUUAAGCCUCUGUCAAGACAAAAGGUCUGGGCAGGUGAAGGAUGAAGCCGAGAUGCCUCUGCUUUGACAGGACUCUGCUCAGCAUUUGUCACUGCGUGUUGCCGCACGCCUAGUGUCUUACCUCUGCGGUGGGAAUAGUAAGUUCCUGUCCUGCCUCCCAGGCUGUGGUAAAGAUCAAGUUGGUGAGUUCUUUAAAAAGGAUGAAGCACUUUUUAAAUUAGAAACCAUAUUUGUUAGACUGAAGGUGUCUGUUUUACCUGCCUCUAGUGGAAUUUAUUCCCAGGCAGUGUUUGAGAGGUGCUUCGCGAGGAUGGGUGAUGAGCGUGAGUGAGCCCAGCUUGUUCCAGCCUGUUACUCCUGGCCAUUGCCAAGUGCAGGGCAGUCCCUGGUCUCAUUAGGUCAUUCGGUGAGCACCCUUUGGGCCCUAACUCUAUACCUGGCCUUGGGUGAUAUGCUUUGUGGCACACAUUGAUAAUUAGGACACAGUCCCCACUUUGAGAGGGUGCAAAUCACUGUGAUACAAGCACAGUGUGAGGAAUGCCAUGAGGGAGGCUUGGGCACAGUGCUGGGGAACAGGGGUCCGAGCAGUUCAUGUCACAAGGAGGUGUCUUGAGAGCCAUGGCAUUCAGGGGCCUGGUAAAGAAGCUGCCUCCUCCCUAGGAUGAGCCUUUCCUUCUCCCCAGCAUCACUACAUCACUAUUGAACAGCUAUUUGGUGCUAGGCACUGUACAAAAGUGAACCCAAAAUUGAACCUGUGGUUGUCUUCAUUCUUCUGUUCAUGAAACAUCUAAUGGGUCCUUUUUGUGUGUCGGGCGCUGUGCCAAGAGUGGAGCACGGUGUGAAAGAGCCGCUGCUGUGAGGUUGCUCCAUGUCUGGUGGGCAAGAUCAACAGCAAAUGGCCUCUUACCUUACUGAGACUGAUCAAGGUAGCCCUGGGGCUGAGGGAGUGCAGAGGAGCACCCACUCCAUCCUUGGUCUGGAAGACAUCUUCAAGGAGGUGAUGUCUGAGCCGAACCUGAGUCUUUAGCAGAAAUUCAUAGGUGAAGGAGGAGAAAGCAGGAGGUGGAAGGGUGUUAAGAGCAGAGGGAAAAGCAUGUGUGCAGAGAGGUGCAGAGGAAGCAGUGGCACAUGUGUGGGCGGCUGCUCAGUGGCUGCAGAGCAGGGACUGUGGAGAGUCAUCCAAUUCCCAUGUAAGGAAGGGAAACAGGAAGAGACUUGCUAAUUCAGCCCAACAGGCUCCCCACAACCUCUGGGGAUGGCCUUAUGGGUGUGCAGGGCCUCCAGAGCUAAAACUGUUUGAGAGAAGGCUUCUGUGCUGUCCAUACCAGGCCCCUCCCCAGAAUUCAGCCUUGCUCCAGUCGGGCUCCACUAGCUGCCUACAGACAGGCCAACCCUUGGCUUCCUCAUGGCCUUCGCCACCAAGAUCACACAGCCCCUCUAAUUAGUUAUUGAUCUGGCAUUUUGUUGUGGCUGCGCUUCCCACUCCUGUGUUUAGUCGAUUCCCAAGUUAAUGAAGCUGGAUUCUGUACCGCCCCCUUCCCCCAUCACUUCUCUCUGUGUUCCUACUGCUGCUACUCCAACGGAAUGGCUCCAGACAAAGACCACUGAAAACGAGCCGCACUCCUGCUAACAGGAAGACGGCGGAGAAGCAGGUGGGAGGAAUAUUCUCCCUGGAAUCAGCUGCAGAGGACGCCUGUUGCCUUUGUUGGGUCAGGUCUCCUGGGGCCCAGCAUCUUUCCAUGGUGGCCUAAAAGCCAACUGUGGCAUGAGAGUGAUGUGGAUCAAAGAGCUGCUUCCACCGCCACACCCCUGUGUCUCUGGGUGGGCCUGCAGGGUAGCAGAUGGUAGUCUGGGAAAAACCACUUCUUCCUUUCUGGGUAAUUUUUAUUCAGUCAUUUAACUCCUCUCAGCUUCCAUUUCCUUAAAAUAGGCAUUCUGUUGUAUCUUCCCAGGGUGUUGGGAGGAUCCAGUUGGAUGCUCUGUGAAACUUCUUUGAAAACAGUAAAAUAGUAUAAGAAGGAAUCAUGGGUUUGCUAUUACUCUUAGGAAGGGACUGGGAUCCAGGACAAUCUGGAAUGGGGUUUUAGAUGUGGAAAAAAUUACCAUUCUGCUCCCUUGCCCAUGUUUGUAUUAAAUGAAACUGUUCAUGAGAGCAUCAGAAUAAGGGGUUAAUAUCCAGAAUAUAUAAAGAACUACAACUCAACAAUGCAAAAACAACCCAAUUUAAAAAUGGGCAAGGAAGUUGAAUGGACAUUUCACCAAAGAAGAUAUACAAAUGGCGAAUGUACACUUGAAAACAUAUUCAAUAUCCACUGAUCAUUAGGGAAAUGCAAAUCAAAACUGCAGUAAGAUACUACCUCCUACCUAUUAGAAUGGCUAUGAUUUAAACACACACAGAAAAUAACAGGCGUUGGCCAGGAUGUGGAGAAAUGAGAACCUUUGUGCAUUGCUGGUGGGAAUAUAAAGUGGUACGGCCACUGUGAAAAACUGUGGCAGUUCAUCAGAAUUUAAACAGGGAGUUCCCGUAUGAUCCAACAGCUCCACUCCUGGGUUUCUGCGCAAAAGAAUUGAAAGCAGAGACCCUAAGAGAUAUGUGUACACCCAUGUUCACAGCAGCAUUAUUCACAAUAGCCAGAAGGUAAAAACAACACAAAUGGACAUUGACAGAUGACUAGACAAACAAAAUGUGGUAUCUGCAUGCAACAGAAUAUUAUUCAGCCUUCAAAAGAAAGGAAAUUCUGACACAUGCUGCAUCAUUAAUGAACCUUGAAGGAUAUUACGCUAAGUGAAAUAAGCCAGUUGCAAAAGGACAAAUGCUGUAUGAUUCCACUUAGAUGAGGUGCCUAGAGUAGUCAGAUUCAUAGAGACAGAAAGUAGAAUGUGGGUUGCCAGGGCCUGGUGGGAGGAGGGAAGGGGGAUAGGGUAGUCGAAUUCAUAGAGUCGGAAAGUAGAAUGUGGGUUGCCAGGGCCUGGAGGGAAGAGGGAAGGGGGAGUUGUUGUUUAAUGGCUGCAGAGUUUUGUCUGGGGAUGAUGGGGUCAUUCUGGAGAUGGGUGGUAGUGAUGGUUGUACAACAAUGUCAGUGUACUUAAUGCUACUCAACUGUACACUUAAAAUGGCUAAAAUAAUAAAUAUGUAUAUUUUGCCACAAUUUAAAAAAUAAAAAUAUUUUUAAAUGGCUGAAAUGGUAGAUCUUAUGUACAGAUGCUCCUCAGCUUCCCAUGGGGUUAUGUCUUAAUAAACUGUAAAUCAGAUAUACCAUAAGUCAAAAAUGCAUUGAUUACACCUAACGUCCCUAACAUUGUAGCUCAGCCUCGCCCACCUCAAAUGUGCUCAGAACAGUAACACUAGCCUACAGUUGUGCAAAAUCAUUUAACACAAAGCCUAUUUUAUGAGGAAGUGUUGAAUAUCUCAUGUAAUUUCUUGAAUACUGUACUGAAAGAAACAAUUCAAAGUGCAGCUUCUUCUGAAUGUGUAUCACUUUGCAUCAUCAUAAAGUCGAAGUGUCGUAAAUUGAACGUAAGUCAGGGUCCCUCUGUAUAUUUUACCACAAUUAAAAAAAAAAUCAAAGACAGCUUUUAAGGGGGAUAGAAGCCUCAAACUGGCAGCCUGUGGCCCAUUUAGAAGAUUAGAGCAGCAAUUCAGUCUUGUUGGCUUGGGGCCUGGGACUUUAUGGGAUCCAGGGGCUUAUAAGCACCCCCAAGCCUUUCUUAGGACCUUAGUGCCGACUGGUGUAGCUACUACCUGUUCCUCUGGGUUACUGCCCAGGUGUCCAGUAAAACCCCCCAGGGGGUGGAGCCAGGGUAAUGGCCCCCAGCCUUACUCUCGGUGGGGCAUCUCUGCCCAGAUAGUAAUUUUCCAUUCUAGUCCUGCCCUAGCAUCUCAGCUGGGUUUGGGCCUUCUUUCUUGGUUUGGGGGGAGCAUAGCAGGUGUCCUGGGCCUAUGCCAGCAGCAGCUGAUCUACCCGCCCCAGAAGAGCCGAACACCAUGAGGAAAUUUCCACAGCUUUCUCGCCCCCCGCCCUCCGUCUUUUCAGGAGUGACUUAUCCUCUGUUC